UUGUAGCAAGAAAGUUACACAAGGAUCUGAGUGAGAACGCGUGCUGUGGAAAGGGCAACGCGCGGGUCCUCUGUCAGUUUACAUCAUCCACAGUGCUGCUUAUAUAUACACCCCGGUAUGGUUUACUGGUGAUUUGUACUUCAGUAACCGUUUACAUAAUUGCGCGUUCAUAAUCGUUUAUCAGCAUCUUGUGGAUAUAACUGUUUAGCACAAUACGCUGUAACGCAGUGUACACAGACCAAGGAUUUUAUAGAACCAUUUCUCGCUGUGCAUUACCAUGGAUCUCCUGGACCCCGGAGUACUGAUCGUUGGAGGAUCCUUCGCUGGGUUUCGUGUUUUGAAUAGGGAACUGCAUAGAUUGAUACCCGCUCCGAGCUCUGCGCUCCGCAACCCUUGGAAAUGGAGAAAUAUUUGGACGUCUUUUAUACACAGUCUGCUAACCGGGAGCUGGGCACUGCUGAGCUUCUACCUUCUUCCUGAGAUGGCAGAAGACUUAAUUUCCACUACUCCCUCCCGUUUCUCGCAUAGUCUUGUUGCUGUGUCUAUAGGUUCUGACCUAAAAUAUCAUAAUGUGAUUCACAUCUCACAAAGUGCAUGGUUAAAAUGUGCAGUGAAAAUCAUUUAUACAGAAAGAUUGUUUGAAGACACAUUUAGCGUCAUCACAUGUUUUGGUAUCUCCCUAUUACUCCACCGGUACGUGGGUUUUUCUGUGGUGGCCCUAUUGGUGGAAAUCAAUUCCAUCUUCCUUCACAUGAGACAGAUCCUACUAAUGGCCAAUUUGGUUAAGACCAUCACAUACCGUCUGAACAGUCUUCUGAACCUGGGAACUUACAUGAUCUUCAGGAUAACUACGUUGGCUUGGAUGACCAGGUGGUUAGUGCUGAACAGAGAGAAUAUCCCCCUACUAACAUACACUAUUGGUAGUGUAGGACUUGCAAUCAUGACGGUGAUGAACAUUGUCCUCUUCUAUCGUCUCCUGCGCAGUGACUUCCUCAAAUCCACCAGGGACCAACAAAAAGAGAAGGAGAAGUAAUAAGUCAUCGCUGCCAAACAAGGCUUUUUGCUUUAAGGUAGUGAUUUUAGAGAUGUUUUCAGAACCCUUGGUGCUCUGCAAGAUAAAGGGUGAAAAACAUUCACGGAUUAAGUCUAAAGUACAUGACAAAACAUUCCUUAAUUUAAUACUAAGUAACAUUGUAUAAUCUCUACCGAAUGUACCACUCUAUUCCAUGAUGGAGAUAACUAACAGAUUAAUCAAGUGCAAUUUUUCAUGGUACAGUACUCACAAGGCUUGAUGGUUCCUCCUUACAAAAAUUUCUCAUUUCAUGAACAGAACAUCUAUAAAUGUAAAGAAUCUUCCUGUCCUCUUCUAAAUCAUCCACACAAUGGUUA